AUGGCGCACAUGGGCCUUUUGUUCAAGUCGGGUUGGUUUUCAAAGACAUUUUGGGGCAGCGUUGUGGGGAUUGUGGCUCUUGACAAAUAUGCGCGAUGGUCAUAUUCCAUCCCAGAUUACCACAACUACAAUACGACAUGCUGGCCGUACGCCCUUGAGCGCGCAAACCUUCGGCGGCACGGCAUUGACCCCGAUACUGUCGAUUUGACAGGCGAUAGCUCGUAA